CGCGCGAGCGGCUCUAUAAAGCCUCCUGCUCGGGCGAGCUAGGUUUUGGUGCUCUCCUCCUUCCUCUCAUCUUUCCUCGGCGGCGGCGGCGCAGGCGGCGCGGCGGCGACAGGCGAAGGCGAAAUGACGAAGGGAACGGGCAGCUUCGGCAAGCGCCGGAACAAGACGCACACGCUGUGCAUCCGCUGCGGCCGCCGCAGCUUCCACCUGCAGAAGAGCACCUGCUCCUCGUGCGGCUACCCCGCCGCCCGCAUCCGCAAGUACAACUGGAGUGUGAAGGCCAUCAGGAGGAAGACCACCGGCACCGGGAGGAUGAGGUACAUGCGCCAUGUGCCCAGGAGGUUCAAGAGCAACUUCAGAGAGGGAACCGAGGCCGCACCAAGGAGCAAGGGAGCCUCUUCCAGCGGUAACUAGGCGUGACAGUCUUGACUUGUUACGCGAGGCUGAGCCCUGAUCAUCAAAAUUAGCUUUUUUGUUGCUUUCUACUGGAACUCUAUGUUUCUAUGUCGAGAGGCAGACGGUAUGAUGCCUGGUUAUGUUAUUUGCGCAAUUUUCGUGGACGUUAAUCCUUCAGUUUUGAAUGUUGAAUUGUGUCGGA